AUGAAGUUCAACUUUACAUGGAAACAAAUGAUAAGUGCGGUAGCUGCUGGAAUAUUCUUGAUUAUUUGCGGUGGGAUAGCUUUUCAGACAUUUAUCUCCAAGUUUGAGGGAAAUUUCACCUCAUCUACUUCUAGAUACGAAUUUAGGAUUCAACGUAACGUUCAAGUCGUCGGAGGUAAAACUUUGAUUGUAAACACUGUAAACGGCAAGGUGCAGGGACCCGCGAUUAACGUGAGAAGAGGAGAAACGCUGUCCGUUCUACUGACAAACGACCUACUGGACCACGGAGUAAGUCUUCACUGGCACGGGUUUGAGAUGAGAGGGGUCCAGCACUACGACGGGGUGGUGGGGCUAACCCAGUGUGCUGUGGCACCUGGGGAGAGCUUUCUUUAUGAGUUUGUAGUGGAUGAAGAACCAGGGACGUAUUGGUGGCAUGGACACUCCAGCAUGGUGCCUGUUGGGCACGACUUUGUGCGAGGACCUCUCAUUGUACAUCCAGCUAGUUGGAGCACUGAUGGGAACGAAAGAACACUUUUCUUCCAAGAUUUAUAUCCCAAUUUCAUUGGCUAUGAUCACCCUCUAACUAUGGGAGGUCUUGUCCGAAGUCCCAUCCCAGAUCUUGAGGGUUUUCACAGUGGUGCCAUAGGGUGGACAUCAGGACUAUUGAACGGAGAUGCUCAACCUACAGUAGAUGUUCAGAAUGGGAAGUAUCUGUUUAGGAUUAUCAAUGGAGGGGGUAUAUUUUCCUACUUUUUCAGUGUUGAUGGACACAAACUCACAGUGGUAGGAACAGAUGGUGGGCCAGUGGAACCUUACGAAACGGAUGUGAUCAUGAUUAGCACUGGAGAAAGGUACGAUGUCCAGAUUAACUUCAACAUAACUGAACCCCACCAGAAUGUUUGGAUUCGUGCAAUGACUCCUUCUGCUGAACAGAAGAAGGGGAUUUUGGGCGUUCUCCGGAUCCGCACCAACCACAAUAUUCUGUAUCGCGAAGACUCACCAGAAACAGAGCUGGUGGAUAUGACCAAAGCCAAGAUUUUGAACUGUGAUAUGUUCAAGAUGCCACAGUUUGACUGUAAUUCGGUGACAAGUCUUAUCUCGACUGUUAAAAGAGUGCAACUACCAGAAUCAGAGACUCAUAUAGCAGACUUCCUGUUCCAAUUUGUUCCCCAGUACGGUCACCUAUGGUCAAUAGACCACGGAAUUUGGAAACAAAACGUUCUACCUCGCAAAGCAAUGAUUGCAGACACUUUCAAUCCAGCAAAAGAUCUUCACCCAAACUCUGAUGUCCUGACUCUGCCUCUAAACAAAUCAGUAACUCUUGUCAUACGCUCCGUCACGGCAUUCCCUCACCCGAUACACCUUCACGGCCACAAGUUUGAAGUACUGGAGGUAGCUACAAGACUAAAAAAGGAUUGUCCAGAUGGCAGAUGUGACCUGCCUGAUUUGGAGAAAGUGUUUUCCACUAAUAUUACAGAUCUGAGUACACGACCAAGACAAGGAGUUCUAAAAGACACCGUGAUAGUCCCAGUUGGGGGAGCCAUCGCCAUCAGGUUCAACACAGACAACCCCGGUGUGUGGUUCCUGCACUGCCACCUGGACCAGCACAUGGAGGACGGACAGGGCUUCAUUGUACACGAGGGAGGAUACACCCAGUCAACGACAACAUUCCCUUCUGACUAUCCUUCCUGCGACUACGAGGGUAAACUGCAACACUUGGAGGCUGCGGAUUGUAACUGUUACGAGGACACUAGUUUGGAUGAGAGGUGGAGGAUGAAGAACACCAUGAAAUGCAGUAAACCUCAUCUGUGUAGACAUAUUGGGUAGAGCAUUUAUACAAUAUUGAUUGUUGGUCCAUGCAAUAUUAGCCGUUAUGCGUUAGUAAUACACUUAUAGACAGGGACAAAAGUGAAAAGGAUUUCGCGAUUAUUUUGGCCAAAAAUCGCGGUACCGCGAAAUUUAACAGGCUAUACAUUAAACUAUACAUAAAAUUUGUCGCGGAGAAUG